UGUCGUUUCGAUUUUCCUUGCUCCACAACAUACCCCGUUUCUCUGCUUUCUCCGGUGCAGUUUUCAGUUCUUGCGGAUAUCUUUCUAGUAAAUGAUUUCAAAACGGUCCAUAGCCGAGGGCGGUGGCACUGGAGAUUGGCACAGCCAAAAGGAGAGCAGCAGCACCCUCGUUUUUACGGACUUUUUCUAUUUGUGGUUAAUCUUGUUUUCGUUUGGUUUCAGUCGUGGGCAGAGGCAUAAAGAUUGGAUGGGCGGGUCGGGGUGGGGUUUGAUUGCGAGGCUGGUGUUGUUUCGUGCGUGCAUGCCGUCUGGCUUGGACGGCCACGAGGUCCGUGAGAAGGCUGUGUGUUUCAUGCGAUGCACACAGGGUCUUCUUGCCUGCCAUCUAGGCCUCGCUCGGCGCACAUGUACGUCUCUCGUCGGAAGAAGCGGAGACGGAGCGGGAGGGGGCUGUGUGGUUCCAGCCAGUAUCGUCGGACCGGGGAGGGGGAGGGGAGAUUGCUACCUAUGGAUGGGUGGAUGGGUGGAUGGUUGCUUGUUGAUGUUUUUCUUGGUGGCUGUACUCUAUACUAUCUUCUGGGUCCGGCGAUGCGUUGCUUUGCUUGCUUUCGUUCCUGCCUUGCACUGCUCUUGUCUGUCUUCUUUUGCUUUUGCAACAUACCCCCUUCAGCUUAGAUAGUCCACAGCAUGAACCCAGCGCGUGUUUUUUCCUUGCGUGUGUGUAUAAAAUGUGUGUGCGUACUGUAUAAAAAUUAUGUGUGGCAGCAGACAUUUAGACAUGGAGUACGGAAUAGUCAAAUCGAUCAAUCAACUGGCCAAGCUGGACAGGGUCAAGCAUAAGAGCUGCUCGACCAAGCACACACACGUUACUCCGUCUCCGA